AGAGCAAAUCUCAUUUAACUAUAAGUAGCAAGUGGCCAGAUGUAGUACAAUGUUAUGGUUUAACAAAAAAUCCAUCAAGUGGAAAUUAUAUGCUUGUAAUGAAUAAAAUUCAUAAUGAAAAUGCAAUUCAUAGAGAUUUGCAUUCUGGAAAUAUAUUAUUUGAAUAUACUAAUAAUUUUCGUAUUAGUGAUCUUGGAUUUUGUGGCCCUGUUGACAAACCACUAAAUAGUGUAUAUGGAAAUCUUCCUUAUAUAGCGCCAGAAGUAAUUACUGAAAAAAAUACCACUUUUGCAUCUGAUAUUUAUAGUAUUGGUAUACUUAUGUGGGAAAUAUCAUCAGGACAACUACCAUUUGUUAAUUAUGAGUAUCUUGCAAUGAAAAUAGUUAAUGGAAUGAGACCAAAAAUAGUACCAGGAACUCCUUUAGAAUAUAAGAAAUUAAUGGAACAGUGUUGGGAUGCUGAUUUAACAAAAAGACCUGAUGCUAUUAUAUUAGAAACUGAAAUGAAAAAAUUAUUGUUAAGUUUUCAAAACAAUCAAGUUGAAAGCCAAAAUCAAAUAAUUUCUAAUCGACAUCAACAAUUAAGUAAUUACUAUUUGAGUAAUUAAUGACCAAAAAUUAUACUAGUAAAACUUAUCAAUUUGACAAUUUUCCUGAAGCAAAAAAUGCAACAGAAGAAGAACAAGAAG